AUGGCUUACGCACGCUCUAGAAGAAAAGCUGCAACUCCUGUUCCAACAGGUCCCAAUUCGCCAGCCACUCCCACCAGACAAGAGUCACCCUUGCAGACACUGGAACCUCUAGCUCGGCCGCUCAAGAGGAAGCGGAACAGGGAUGUCGACGACAGUCCAGUUCCGUUGAAGCUCAGAAAAAAGAGCACAGCGCCACUGGAGACUUCUCGAACUCGAACUCGGCUGUCCAAGCCAGACUCGGAAUCGGAUCCCAAUUCUCGUCAUUCUCAAAGCUCUACUGGUCCAGACGCUGCGAUUAUCGAAGAAAACGAAUCCAAAAACGAACAACACCCUGCCUAUGCCCAUGUUCACAAACUGUUCAAACAUGAUGUUGUAGCAAAAGAUGUGUCUGAUGACAAUCAACACACAGGUCUCGAAUACUUCCAGGCCUUUCCCCACGACCCACAAUCAACACUUUGCGUUGAACACUUUCUUUCUCUUGCAGAAAAAGACACGACGACCAGGCCUGACUUUUCAAAUUUGGCUCUGCCUGUCUGUGAAGAAACAUGGACUAUCAAGGAUUUCCAAAGCUUCAAAGAUGAACUGAAUGAAAAGAUCACAGACACCACCAAGUCAGCAUAUAUCAGAGAGUACUACCGAGUGGCACACCUUACUGGAUCCAAGCCCAGGUGCGAAAUUUUUGACACAUCAGCUAUUGCUUACUUUUCUAUGUGCGCUCAGUCCCCGGAUUUUCAACCUCCUGCCAACGGUAUUCACGACACUUUUUGGGACAUGCAAUCCUUUGAAGAUUUCAUGGCCAAUGAUGACAGAAUGAUUCGUGAGACACCUGACGAAUGCAAAAGUCCCGUUCCAGUGAUACCUCAAGGACUCGAUGAGGAGAUGAAAGGCAAGUACAAAACUUUUCUUUUGACUCGAGGAAUCGAUUUGGAGAGUCCUCACAUCAAAUGCGAUCAUGAAACAUCCGUUACGAUUCUAGGAACCGAUGAGAAGAGUUCUUACACCGAAUGUGAGGAUUGUGGUCACAGACGAGAGGUAAGUAUACAUAUGUAA